AUGAGCCAUUUUUUUCACCUCCAGGCGCAACCCGUAGACGAGUUUAACGACAUCCGCAAAAAGCUCAAUGCAGACUCCACCUUCGAUAAGAUCGACGUGAGUGCGGGUGUAUACAGAGAUCAUGUCGGGGAACCAUAUACUUUCCCGUCAGUGACGGAAGCAAAAAGCAGGAUCAUUGACAAACACCAUGAUUACAAUUUAUGCAUGGGGAUCCCGGAUUUUGUUUCUGGCGCAGCCAAGAUUGCUGUCGGGGAGAACGCUGUCAAUGAGGGUCGAGUAGCAUCUUGUCAGACUGUUGGAGGAACCGGAGCCUGCCACUUGGGAGCUCUGUUCUUAGUCCAGAAAUGCGGAUACAAGAAUUUCUACUUGGGAACACCGGCAUGGCCGAAUUACACUCCAUUGAUCAUUCAAAGCGGCGGCAGUCUCUCGACCUACAAGUACUUCGAUUCUCAAAAACGGGCGAUAAACUUUGAAGCUGUCCAAGCUGCCUUGAAGAAGGCGGAACCAAAAUCGGUAUUCGUGUUUCAGUUGUGCUGCCACAAUCCAACGGCUACUGAUUUGACAAUGGAACAAUGGACGGAAGUGGCACAGAUCAUGAAGGAGCGUGGUUUGAUUGCCUUCUUUGACUCGGCCUACCAAGGUUUGGCUACGGGGUCUGUCGAGGAAGACGGAGCACCUGUUCAAAUGUUUGUCAACGAGGGACUCGAAAUCGUCGUAGCUCAGUCGUUCUCCAAAAGCUUGGGCUUAUAUGGGGAGCGUAUUGGAUGUUUGCAUGUGGUCACCAAUGAAUCAACUAGAGAACUUGUUGCGGAUCAGUUACGAUACAUUUUUAGAGCCGAAUGCAGCAGCUCCCCAGCAUUCGGUGCACGAAUUGUUUCCACUGUUUUGAAUGACAAUGUCCUUAGGAAUCAAUGGAAACAUAAUCUCACAGAAAUAUCAUCGAGGUUGGUGGAGACGAGAAAAUAUAUCUUGCAAAAGCUUACUGACAAGGGUACUCCUGGUAACUGGACAAGCGUGAUAGGACAAAGAGGCCUUUUCUGGUUCAGUGGUUUGAAUGAGGUUCAAAGUCUGAUAUUGAUGAACAAGAUGCACGUUUAUCUUCCAAAGAAUGGUAGAAUCAACAUCGCAGGCUUGAAUAGCCAGAAUAUUGAUCGCUUCUGUGACAUUUUUCACGAUAUAGUGGUGUCAAAAAUAUAG